CGUCUAUAAGGCGCUUGCAGUGCAUAUGACUACACGCACAUCAACUUGCGACCCUAGCCCCCUCGAUAGAUACAGUCAGUGAAAGAUGGUGCUCUCCUUCGGGCUCACAUACUAUGUGUGCAUCUUUGCGGAGCUCCUUUUCCCUACUUAUGCGUCAUUGAAAGCGAUUCAGUCGCCCGGCAAGCUUGACGAUACCCAGUGGUUGACUUACUGGGUUGUAUACGCGUUCAUUUCGACUUUCGAGAGCGUCGGCAGCAUUAUUCUGCAGUGGAUUCCUCUGUACUACGAGAUUAAGCUGCUGUUCGUGCUGUGGAUGAUUGCUCCCCAGACCCAGGGCGCCCGCAAGAUCUACGAGGACCACAUCAUGCCGCUGUUGAAGAAGUACGGCGACAAGAUCGACCCCGUCUUCGCCCGCGCCGAGCAGGCCCUGGAGAGCCAGUACGUGAACCACCUGGCCAAGUAUGUGGACAAGCACGGCCCGGCCGUCCUCGACCAGGCCCUGGCCCAGGCCCAGAAGCACGGCACCGUGGUGGCGGGCAUGGCGCAGGCCGCGUACCAGGAGCAGCUGAAGAAGGCGGCCAGCGGCCAGCCCGGUGCCGCGGCCUUUAGCGGCGCCCACUAAGCGCCGACUGGACUGUGGGGGUUUCCGUGUGGGGUUUCCGUGAGCUAGCUGCUGGUCCAGUGUAGACGGAGACCAUGUGGUUGUUGUCCGGCAGGAGCUAAGGGGAUCAGUGACUUGUCAGUUGUUGUGACAUACCCAGCGUGCGGAGUGCUGUCGAAAUGCGAACGCGAAUGUGCGCGACACGAAGAGAAGUUGUAGUCGCUAGCACGCAUAGAAGGCCGGUUAGCAGGAGGCGGUCACAGCAGACAUGUUACCUCAUCCAGACGGUAAACGCCACGGGCAAUAGAGGAGCGCCGCCGACCCAUCACUGAUAUAACCAGGUUGCGAUGGCUAGGCUGUCGGACGGCUGGCGGGCUGGCGCGGAGCGGAGCUGCGGGGCGCGCGGCAUCCGAAACCAACCUGGAAAACACCAGCGCCACCGUCGUCCAGCAGCACAUGUGAGGGAGGGAGUGAGUGGAAGCGUAAGAAACCGGGAAGGAAGCAGCGGGCCAGACAGGAAGCAAAACAGCACAGCAAGUAACCGCGGGCUGGGCGGCUGGCUGUCGCUGCGGUUGGGGCUGGCGCGGGCUGGAACGGAACUAUGGAGGCGGAGUGGACGGAGCGGAAAGCAAGUAUGUAAAUGGGGAGGAAUGAAUACGUGUGGCAAUGCAAGUACUGGAAUCGGGGAGGCCGCGUAAUAGUGAUGACAGCGCGAUGGCUGCAUGGCUCAUCCCGGCGGUACUGCACGUGGCAUGGGCCAUGUGGGCAUGAAUGCAGAGAGCUACGUGGGCUUGGCUGCAGUCUGGUACGCAGGCAACACGCAGCAAGGCACCAUAAUAAACCCCGCAAACAGGACAAACAGGACAGCGUGAUCUGGCGGCAGCGGAGUGCGGGUCUCCACGACCUGUGAUUGUACUUUACACCGACUGCACAAUGGUGACCCGGCAGGUAUGAGCAUCUGUUUUCGAGCGGCGAUGAGUGCAUGGACUAUGAGCCGUGAACGGCUGGCUGGUGCAGGAAGUCGUUGGAGUGCUCGUGGCGGCGAAGGGCUCGCGCAGCGGGGGUUUUCGGUUGCGGGUUCGCGAACGCGAGCGCUGGGGCUUUGACGAUUGUAGAUCGAUGUAACUAGUUGAUCGU